CGAGAUAACACAACCUUGCACUCAAUUGAAGUAAUCAGUUGCUUCAGGAAAUAUCCAAAUUCUACCCGUGGAUCAGUUAACCGAAGAAGCGAUCGUACAUAUAUGAGAUUUUUUUAGCAUUUAUAGUUCACAAUAUAAAUUCAAGAACAACAACAUUUAUUAUGACUGCAAAGCGAAUCCUAUUGCUCACUUAAAAGCAUAUUAUAAAUUAGCUGAUUUGUGUGAACGUUUAGGUUUCAAAUCAUUUGCAUGCUUCCCAUUGAGGCGAACUCAUAUACCAUGUUAUGUCACCAUUGACUCUAUGAUAUUGAAUAACAAUAUUUUAGAAGAUUCCCAAAGAUCAAAACUAGAUAAAAACCUUAUUUGGGAAAAAGCCUCACUCAAGUUUCGUGGAAUGAUCCAUACAGAUGGUGUUAGGGUCUCGAUAUUGAAACAAAACAAGGAAACCAGCAAAGGCAGCUCAAGAAAUACUAAGCUUCAACGUACCACCAACAAGUGCGUAUUUAUAGAUCCUGGUAGAAGGGGUAUGUUAUUUUGCAUGGGUGAGAAAUGCGAAUCAAGACACGAUGGCUUCAUAUAUCGAUACACCAGCAAUCGAAGGGCUAAGGAGACAAAGUCAAGGAAAUUUAGAAAAUUUCGUCAGCAAAAUAAGCCCAAGACAGUCAGUGAUUUAGAGAAGUCUUUGACUACGCAUUCCACUUCGACAGUUGAUCCCCAAAAGUACUCUAGAUAUUUAGAAGCAAGAUGGGAUGCAAGUGAUCUCCUUUCAAACUAUUAUCGAAGUGAUUGUUCUAGAUCACUUCCUUUCAGGAAAAUAAAGCUUUUCUCUUAUAUCAAUAGGAAACAAUCAGACGCCCGUCUGGCAAAGACGUUAAAACAAAAAUUCGGUGAAGGCUGUGUUGGUAUAAGGAGGAUGUUGAAGAAAGAAGGAUUACAAGUAUACUUGUUGGACGAAUACAAGACGUCGUCGUUCUUCCCCAAAUGUAAAAAUGGGAAGUUGGAAAAAUUUUCUCAUGUCAAGAAUCCUCGACCGCAUGUGCGAGACAAGUAUCCAGUAGUUGAGUGCCAUUGCCUAUUACGAUGUACAAAUCAAAAAUGUUUAGUGCCUUCUCAACUCUGGAACAGAGACUUGGCCGCCGUUUAG